UUAAAUUUGAGUCUCAUUAAAUAAUAAAAAUCUAAAAAUGUUCAGAAACCAAUAUGACAUGGACUGUGUGACCUGGAAUCCUAAAGGAAAGAUUCUACAAAUUGAAUAUGCUAAGGAAGCAGUUAAGCAAGGAAUGAUGAGUCUUGGACUCAAGUCAAAUACCCAUGUCGUUCUCGUUUCGCUUAUGAGAAACCCGGAUGAGCUAUCCUCGCAUCAAGAGAAGAUCUUUGAAGUCGAUGAACAUAUAGGAAUUGCCAUUGCUGGACUCCUCGCUGAUGCCAGAAAUUUAUGUAAAUAUAUGAGAAACGAAUGUCUUAGUUAUUGGUACGUGCAUGAUUCUCAGCAUCCAAUUGCCAGGCUUGUUGCUAAAGUAGGAGAGAAAAGCCAGCAUAAGACCUGUGGAGACGGUAAAAGACCAUAUGGAGUUGGAAUCCUUGCUGGAGGAUAUGACUCCUCUGGAACCCAUCUCUUCGAGACCCUUCCUUCAGGAGAAUAUUUCGAAUACUAUGCUAUGGCAAUCGGUUCAAGAUCUCAAAGUGCUAAAACAUAUUUAGAGAAAAAUUACGAAAGUUUUGCCGAGGAUAGUUUAGAAUCCUUAAUAAAGCAUGGAAUUUCUGCUCUAAAAGCAAGUUCCCAGGAGAUUGAUCUAUCCUCCGAAAACGUAAGUGUAGGAAUCGUCGGAAAGGAUACUCCAUUCUAUAAACUAUCAAGUGAAGAGAUCACUAGGCACCUAAGCGAGGGUGCAGAUGUUGAAAUGCAGGAUGACUAAUAUUUGGUAGAAUUAACCCUCAAUAAUAUUUAUA